GUAGUUCUCAUCCUCCUCCACCAAGUACGAACAGACCCCUCCCUAUCCCCCAAACACAUUUACUCCCAAUCGUAGCCACCCGCCGCCGGCGAGCCACCCGCCGCCGGCGCCACCAAGCUUUGGGAUGGAUCCUACGGUGCCACCAGCUGCUGUCGUCCAUGGUCAGCACACCGCGGAACCCUCCCCUCCUGCGCUGCUGCGCUCUGUGUGUGAGAGGCCGCACCCGAUCUGCUCGUAUCGACGUCCGCUGGUUAGUACUCUUCCUUCCACCAUCCCCCGAGGGGGUCUCGGAGAGGCAUACCGUGUCCAAUUGGGACUUGUCGCAGAAAAGUUUCUUCUGUCAGCAAAUACCAUCGAAAAGCUUGAGUCUUUUCCGGAGUUGAUCCGUCUUCUGCUUCAGCAAGCACCAGGAAAUCAAAUUCUAGGGAUUUCCUUCAGGUACCCGGAUCUUCUUCACCUAGUCGGUUUAGAAGCGGGGCAGCCGCGGUCUGUGAUCUAUAAAUUAAGCCACCACCGUGCUCUGCUGGAUAUGUUAUUUUCCAACUAUUUCAGCAGAAGCAGUUCGUCUUCAAGCACAGACUAUACUCCCAUGGAAGCAGCACCUAGUGUACCCAGAAUAAUGGCGCUACAUGUGCACCCCACAGAUUUGUGCUCUCUAGUCUCGAGAGUUGUACCUAAGCUGCUAGGUCAAUCUCCCAGUUUACUGAAUAAUAAGACGUUGCUGAUAGAGCCUAUAGCGCCGGAGCUACCAGUGGACAUCUUGAUGCAUGUCUUUGCCACCCUUGAGAUCCCUGACCUCGUACGCGCUGGCUCUGUCUGCACCUCAUGGUUCUCUGCUUAUGCCACCCUGCGCAAACUAGGGAAGCACAAACAGUCCCAGACACCGUGCCUGCUCUACACCUCUGAAUCUGCAGGUGAGAAUGUUGCGUGCCUCUACAGCCUUGUGGAGAAGAGGGUUUACAAGUUGAAUCUCCCCGAGCCAGCAAUCCGCAGUAGGUUUCUUAUUGGGUCCUCGCUCGGUUUGCUGGUUACUGUCGACGACAGAUCUGAAAUGCACCUCGUCAAUCCUAUCACCGGUGUACAGAUUGCUCUCCCUUCGGUGACCACCAUGAAGCACGUGAAGCCUAUCUGUAAUGACUCGGGUGCUGUCCACAAAUAUGAAUACACAAGGGACUCUGCAAAGCAAGCUUUCAGCACGUCGAUCUAUGCUCUUUGUGCGCUGCGGGAAUCCUUCUACUUUAAGGCACUUGUCUUUUAUGAUGAUACAUCCUCAGGAAGGUUUAUUGUGGUGCUCAUCCAUGAGCCAUUCGGUCAGCUCUCUUUUGCAAGAGUAGGGGAUGAUAAGUGGACCUGGUUGCCACCACACGAUGACUAUCAGGACUGCACCUACAAGGAUGGGUUGCUGUAUGCAGUGACUAAAAGGGCAGAGAUUCAUGCCUUCGACCUUAGUGGUCCUGCUGUUACAAUGGAGAUUAUUAGGGGUGUGGAUGUGGAUUUAGAUCUCGAUUGCGUAUACAUUGUUCAGGCUCCAUGGGGUGGUCUGCUGCUUGUUUCGAGAUUAAUAGAGAUUGAGGAUCCUGAUGAUGAAGAAGCUGAUACUGAAAUACCUCUUCCGAAGUAUACUGUAGAAAUAAAACUAUACAAAGUUGAUGUGGGCACAAUGAAGCUUGUGGAAACUGAUUGCUUGCCUGGCUACGUGCUGUUUCUUGGGCAUAACCACUCACUUUGUCUCAGCGCCAAGGAAUAUCCUUCUCUCAAGGGAAAUCACGCCUACUUUACUGAUGAUGAUGAGUACAUUACAGGACGUAAGAGUUGUCGCCGUGACAUAGGAGUGGUUGACUUGGGCAGUAAUAGCAAGAAGGACCUUGUGCCUCCGCAGCUUUGGUCCAACUGGCCUGCUCCAGUGUGGAUCACGCCCAAUAUCACAAUGAUGAAAUUGGUAUCAAAUAAGUAGUCCGGCUUCAAGAAAAAGGUCUAAUAAGGUGCUCAACUAGGCACAAUGAUGAAAUUGGUAUCGAAUAAGGGGGCGAGCUCGUUGUCCAGGCCCUAAGCUGUGGAGGACUAUGUGCAGCAGGAGAAGGUUGCUUUCGGGGAUGUGAAGAUCAAAUUGUGGCUUUCAAGGGCUGGUGAUUCAUUAGGUCGCAUGAUGGCAUCAUGCUUUCAAGUUAUCGUUUUUAUCAAGUAAUUAGGUUUCAUGAACUCUUUGUUAUGUGUGAAACUUUAUUAUGUCUUGUGACUGAUGUGUGUGCGGUUGUGUGUUCUUUAUUACUUGUGAGAAAAGUUAAGAGGAAUAAGAAAUUUGUUAUGCUUU